AUGGACAAAAAGGCCACCGCUCUCUUGAAGCUCAUAUAUCUCGAAAUGUUUGGAUAUGAUAUGUCAUGGGCAUCCUUCCAUGUUCUGGAAGUCAUGUCGUCCGCCAAAUACCUUCAGAAAAGAGUCGGCUAUCUCGGAGCCGUACAAAGCUUUCGACCUGAUACAGAAGUACUGAUGCUAGCGACGAAUCUGUUGAAGAAGGACAUUGUCAACUCCAGUAUUCCUAACAUGUCUCUUCCUCUGAUUACAUUGCCACACAUCAUCACGCCCUCUCUGGCAAUGUCUCUACUCCCUGACGUCCUGUCCCGCCUUUCACAUUCGAACCCCGUGGUACGCAAAAAAACAAUUGUAUGCCUCUACAGGCUUGCCUUGGUCUAUCCCGAAGCCCUGAAGCUGGCCUGGCCUAAAAUCAAAGAUCAUCUGAUGGACGAUCAAGAAGAUAGCAGUGUAACCACGGCGGCAAUCAAUGUUGUUUGUGAGCUUGGCUGGAGACGGCCUCAUGACUUUCUCCCUUUAGCGCCCCGAUUCUUCGAGCUUCUUGUGGAUAGCGGCAACAAUUGGAUGGCAAUCAAGAUCAUCAAACUAUUUGCAACCCUGACCCCGCUGGAGCCACGACUGACUCGCAAACUUCUGCGGCCAUUGACCAAUAUUAUUCAAACCACCUCUGCCAUGUCCUUGCUUUAUGAAUGCAUAAAUGGUAUCAUUCAAGGAGGGAUAUUGGAUGGAGAAGAUAGCCUCCAAGAAAGAGACGAAGUCGCCACUCUUUGUGUUGAAAAAUUGCGUGGUAUGAUAGUCAUGGAUGCUGACCCAAAUCUCAAAUAUGUUGCGCUCCUUGCAUUGAACCGCAUUGUCGCCACACAUCCAACUCUAGUUUCUAUGCAACAGGACGUCAUUAUGGACUGCCUAGAUGACGCAGAUGUUUCUAUUCGAUUGCAGGCAUUGGAGCUUGCCGUUGGAAUGGUCGACAGUGACUCUUUACAACUGGUUGUUAAUCGCCUACUAGAUCAACUGCGACGCGCCUCUAUGUCUGCAAAUGAAGCUAUCCAGUCAGCCCAUGCAGAAACCGAAGAUCUCUCUGAAGGUUCCCCAACUGAUGGUCCUGGGGCUGACACCUUGGUCCUGUGGCCCAGUGAUUAUCAGACCGAAGUUGUCCACCGGAUUUUAGAUCUCUGUUCACAGAACAACUACUCUGAAGUUGUUGACUUUGAGUGGUACGUCGCCGUGUUGGUACAAUUAGUCGGUCUCAUACCUCCUUCAGAACCCGAAGAAAUAGCGGACCAAGAUUCCAUGACCAAUUCACGAAUGAACGCCGCACUUCGAAUUGGAACAGAGAUUCGCAACGUUGCUGUGCGUGUCAAAGGAGUGCGCCUGGAGGCGACAAGAGCCGCCGAGUCACUCAUAUUUGUGGAUACUAGGUCUCACUUUUUCCCUACCGGUUCGACUAUCGGCGACGGUGUCUUGGGACCCGUUGCCUGGGUACUUGGUGAAUAUGCAGAAUAUCUGUUGUCGCCUAAGCGGACCUUGCAAUCUUUGAUUAACAUCUCCAAUGUGUCGCUUCACCCGAGAACCGUUUCUCUCUUUCUACAAGCCAUUCCGAAGGUUUUCGUUCGAGCCAGCCAAAAUGGCAAGCCAGGUGAUAGCUGGAAGAGUGAAAUGUCACUUUUGCUUGCUCGGGUCGUGGAAUUUCUUGAGGCUUUGGCAGCCCACCCCGAUCUGGACGUUCAAGAACGAGCCAUUGAAUUUUUGGAAGUCCUUCGAUUGGCAGCCGAGGCGUUGCACUCUGAAACGCAAGAAGUUCCGUUCCUUCUCGCCUCGGUUAUACCGGGCCUAUUUAUGGGGCUCGAGCUCAACCCUGUUGCAGCCAGCGCUCAGAAGAAGGUUGUUUUACCGGACAGUCUUUGUUUGGACGAGCCAUUUAGCCCUGAUCUACCGGGUCUUUUCCGCAAUCUAGACAGCUCGGCUCAUGAGCUUUCGACACGUGAUGUCAUCCAAGACUUUUAUAAUGUCCCGGAAACCGCGUCCACCAAGCAGACGCUUGAAUUCACGCCAGUCGAUGCCCAAUCUCAUACAUCAUAUCAGAACUUCCCUGGCGAUGCGUCGGCCGGAGAAAGGAGAAAGCUUGAGCGCAGGGAACGCUUCAAAGAUGACCCAUUUUACAUUGCUCCUUCUGGCGAGUCGUCUGGCACAUCUACGCCAUUUCAUGAAAUCCUCAACACCUCUAACGGAGAAGGACUGGACAUCGAUUCCAUUCCUAUUGUUGACUUAAAGCUAGAAGAUGAACCGUCACAUUCUGCUAACCUUGACCGUUCACGGUCCCGUCGGGUCCCCUUGAGCAAACUUGCGGUUGCUGCUGACGAGACCCUUGAGACGCAAAUUGAUAACUCAAAGCCGAAAGGAGUUACAGAUGGACAACCCGCCCCGAAGCGUUCUCUGCUUCAGGUUGAUUCUAGCAGCCUUGACCGUCUUGCUCUUUCCAAGGGGGCAUCUCAGAUGUCUGCAGAUGAGGGAGAUACAGAUAUGAUCAAGGCUAUGCAGCAGGUCGAGGAAGUACGGUUGCGGAUGCAACGAGCAUCAGAGCGCAUUCAAUUAGAAGGUACACCAGCAGAAGGAACCUUAAUCAAGAAAAAGAAGAAAAAGGCGAAAAAGAACGUGGAUGAGGAGCCCGCGGAGCCUAUUGUUAGGAGGAAGAAGAAGAAGAUCAAGGGACCAGAAAAGGAGUCAGAUAAUUGA